AUGCUACACGAAGCAGCAUCGCAGACCAUCGGGUUUUCUUCGCCGGAUCAACGAUGCUGCCGCAGCUACGACGAUCCGCUGCUCGCCGCGCUGUCCGAGCAACAACGCCAGCUCCGGCUCCGCAUUUACAACGACACAUCGGCCAACACAGCGCUGGUGCGCUCUCAGCGAAACAAGAUCCUACACCAGAUCCGCACUCGCUGCUGUGACCUCGCUAACAUGGCCCUCGACGAAAAGGUUUCACCCAUCGAUGCUUCAAGCGACUCUCACAAAAUGUUCGUUGCCGACCGCGAUCUCGCCCGCAAACCGACGCAGCAGCUUCUAAUUCAAGACUCAUCAGGUAAGUAUAUACUUCACAGAAACACAGCUAACAAAAUUUAUCGUGAAAUCGUUCAUGUACUGGGUAUCGACUUCUCGCGCGCGUUCGACACGAUCGACCGUACCAAACUCCUCAAAGUUCUACAGCAGUUUCUACACGACGACAAAAUCCGGCUGAUUCGACUCUUACUAUCAGACACAACGCUUUCACUCCGCAUCGGCCACCAGAUCCUGCAACCAUUCGGCAGCAACACAGGUACGCCACAG